AUGGAAGAAGAUCUCACCAAGAGGUGGGAGAGACUCAGACUGUCAACAGAGGAAACCAGCACGGUCAAAAUCACAGCAGAAGAAUCAAAAGACACCAAGCUGAGAGGUAAGUGGUGCCUUGUGGGUAAGGUUCUGUCGGAAAAGGGAGUCAACAACGAAGCAUUCAGAAUCACUAUGUCCCAAAUCUGGAGGCUAAAUGGUUGGGUCAGAUUCAAAGAUCCAAACGAGCAAGUCUUCCUCAUUGAAUUCCAGUCAGAACAGGACCUGAGAAAGGUCUUGGGAGGAAGAACAUGGUUUUUUGAUAGGAAUCUGCUCACACUGCAGGAGGUUAAUGAAAAUGAAUCGGUAAAUGCUUUACAGUUUCGGUAUGAACCCUUCUGGGUACAAUGCCAUAAUUUUCCUCUAGCUGCAAUGAAUGAGACCAUAGGAGAGAAGUUUGGAUCAUCGUUUGGCCAUGUUGUUCAGGUAGAAUCCGACUCUGACGGCCUUGCUUUGGGCCAAUGCUUGCGAAUCAGAAUGGCGUUAGACAUUCAUAAGGCAUUGCUAAGAGGAAAAUGGCUAGAGAUAGAUCAGAAGAAGCACUGGAUUUCCCUGAAAUACGAACGCCUACAAAGUUUUUGUUUCCAUUGCGGUGUUCUAUUCCAUAAAAAUAACAGAUGUUCCCGACAGCGUUAUGAACAAAACUCAGUAGAUAAACAGGAUCUACCUUUCGGGCCUUGA